AUGGAAAAACAGGCAAGUGACGAGGGCCCGGCGCCGGUGGCUGCCGACCGAGCUCGCGAUGAAAAGAUCGACCCUAUCGAACCGGCGACCAUCGAACACUUUGACGAGGCAGACGAGCCCAAGCUGUCCAAGCCGGCCACUGCAUUUGACGUCUUGACGCACACGAUUCAUCUCCAAGACGACCCUACUCUCUCCGCCAUCACCUUUCGCUCCAUCAUCAUCGGACUCGGCCUCUCCGUCUUUGGCGGCGUCCUGUCGGGCAUCUUCUUCUUCAAGCCGCAAUUCGUCGCCAUCCCCGCCGUCUUCAUCGCCGUCGUCGCCUUUCUCCUCGGCGAGUCCAUGGCGCGGCUGAUCCCGCGCUCCAGCCAUCCGCUCCUCCGCUUCCUCAACCCGGGCCCGUUCAACAUCAAGGAGCACCUCGCCAUCACCAUCAUGGCCAACGCGGCCAGCACGUCGGCCCUCGGCCUGGAAAUCAUCGCCUCGGAGCGUCUCUACUACGGCCGCCGCGUCAGCGCCGGCCUCUCCUUCUUCAUGCUCCUGUCCUCGCAGUGUCUCGGGUACGGCAUGGCCGGCAUGAUGCGCCGCACCAUCGUCUACCCAGCCGCCAUGCUCUGGCCGAGCAACCUGCCCAUCAACACCAUGUUGGAGCGGCUGCACUCGCGCGCGCCGAGCAACCGCAAGCCCUUUCGCGUCUUCCUCUACGUCUUCAUCGGCAUCUUCUUCUGGGAGAUGAUCCCCCAGUGGAUCUGCCCGCUCCUGACGGGCAUCAGCAUCUUUUGCCUCGCGAACCGGAAGAGCCCGACCUUUACCAACAUUUUCGGCGGCGCCUCGGGCAACGAGGGCCUCGGCUUGUUCAGCAUCUGCCUCGACUGGCAGUACAUCUCCGGCGGCUUAUCGCCGCUCUUCUUCCCCGUCAGCAGCCUCAUCAGCCAGGGCAUCGGCAUCGUCGGCUGCAUCAUCCUCUUUGCGGGGGUAUACUACAGCAACAUAUGGGAAGCGAAAAAGUACCCGUUCCUGUCGCAGGCCAUCUUUUCGGAGACGUCGAUGGCGGAUAGCGCGGUGCAGUGGAACCAGACGGCGGCGAUUGGGCCUGACGGCAACAUCAACAGUACGGCCGUCGACGACCUCGGCCUGCCCAACUUUGCCGCGAGCAACGUGCUCAACAUCUUGCUGACCAACAUGUGCAUUGCGGCGUCCGUGACGCAUCUGGCGCUGUGGUACCGGACCGAGAUGGCGGCCGCGUUUCGCUUCCUUCACCCGCGUCGCAUCCUAGCCAACGUCCAAUCCGCAGGCGCUCGUAUCGGCAUUUCGUCUCGUCCGGCCGGCGCCGGUGAGGAAGCCGAAAGCGCCUCCGAGGCACAUUACGACCCGCACUACCUCUUGAUGCAAAACUACAAGGAUUGCCCCGACUGGUGGUACGCCAUCGUGCUCGCCCUCUCGGCCACCGUCGCCCUCAUCGUCGUCUACAAGACCAACAGCACGCUGCCCUGGUGGGGGCUGCUUGUGGCGUGCCUCGUCGGCUACGUGCACCUCGUCGUCUUCGGGUCCAUGCAGGGCAUCAGCGGCGUGAGCUUCACGAUCCAGUCCAUCAUCCAGAUGAUUGGCGGCUACAUGCGACCCGGGUUCCCCAUCGCCAACAUGUACUUUUCGCUGUACAGCUACAACUCGCUCCUCCAAGGCACGCUCCUGGCCAAGGACCUCAAGCUGGCGCAGUACGGGCACCUGGCGCCGCGCAUCACGUUUAGCAUGCAAAUGGUGGGCACCGUCAUCGGGGCGGGCCUCAACUACGUCAUGGCCAACAGCAUCAUUGACAACCAGGCCGACAUCCUGCGCAGCGUGGAGGGCACCAAUAUCUGGUCGGGGGCCAUGACGCAGCAGUUCAACGCGCAGGCCGUGACGUUUGGCGGCUUCCCGCACGAGCUGUUUAGCGUGGGCGGCAAGUACCAGUGGGUGCCGCUGUCAACGUUUCUUGGCUUCGCGGUACCGGUACCGUUUUGGUACGCGCAUCGGCUGUGGCCGCGGUUGGGCAUGGACCUCAUCAACACGCCCGUGAUAUUGUUUUACCUGUGCUACCUCAACCUGGGCAUCAACUCGUCCGUCAUGAGCUUUUUCGCGGCGGGCUUCUUUGCGCAGUGGUAUCUGCGACGGCAGCACCCCAACAUCUUUGUCAAGUACAAUUACCUCGUGUCGGCGGCGCUCGACGGCGGGACGUCAGUCAUGGUUUUUAUUCUGUCUUUUGCUGUGCUGGGGGCGGCCAAGGCGGCCGUGGCGUUUCCAAAGUAUUGGGGCAAUCCUGCCAACGGCCAUAUCGACUAUUGCUACAAGGCCCCCUCGGAGUAG